CUCGCAAGCCAUCACAGGUCAGCUUCAACCCUUUUCUCCCUGCCUCCUCUCUCGCAAUUGUUGCCAUUGCAGCCAUCAAGGACCCAGAUCUUCUGCUGCCCCUCCCUGAAGCUGGGAUCUCCCUCGCUUCCACGCCGCUGAACCCAACACCCCUUCUCAUUUGACUGCGAGACUACUCCGUAGUUUCUUGCACCCCGUCCUUCACGAUUUCGUUCCACGCCAACUCGCACGCCAUGGCUUCUACAGUCAACGCUAUCAAGAUUCGCCGGAAGAAGAAUGUGAAGAAGGGAAUUCAGUUCUGUUUGAUGGUUUGCGGCGCCAGUGGAACCGGCCGCACAACCUUUGUCAACACACUCUGUGGAAAGAAGGUUUUGCAAGGAAAAGAUGCCGACGAUCCUACAAAUGCUCACCUUGAGGAAGGUGUGCGUAUUAAGCCGGUCACUGUCGAACUCGAACUAGAUGAAGAGGGCACCCGCAUUUCCUUGACAAUUGUCGAUACGCCCGGCUUUGGCGAUCAGAUCGACAAUGAAGAGAGCUUCUCCGAAAUCGUCGGUUAUCUCGAACGCCAGUAUGAUGACAUCUUAGCGGAAGAAUCCAGAAUCAAGCGUAAUCCUCGAUUCCGUGAUAACCGUGUGCACGCUCUCCUUUACUUUAUCACACCCACUGGUCACGGUUUGCGGGAGCUUGAUAUUGAGUUGAUGAAGCGCUUGUCUCCACGUGUCAAUGUUAUCCCCGUAAUUGGGAAGGCAGACUCUCUUACCCCGGCCGAACUCGCAGAGUCGAAAAAGCUCAUCAUGGAGGAUAUUGAGCACUACCGUAUCCCCAUCUAUAACUUCCCCUACGACGUUGAAGAGGAUGACGAAGACACCGUUGAGGAAAAUGCCGAGCUCAGAGGGCUUAUGCCAUUUGCAAUUGUUGGUUCUGAGGAUGUCCUUGAGAUUAACGGCCGUAAGGUCCGCGCAAGACAAUAUCCAUGGGGUGUAGUUGAGGUCGAGAACCAGCGACACUCCGAUUUCUUGGCUGUCAGAAGUGCUCUCUUGCAUAGCCAUCUUGCCGACCUCAAAGAGAUUACUCACGAUUUCCUCUACGAAAAUUACCGAACCGAAAAGCUCAGCAAGAGCGUGGAAGGUGGAGCUGCUGCAAACCACGAUUCCUCGAUGAACCCAGAAGAUUUGGCCUCGCAGUCCGUUCGCCUAAAGGAGGAGCAGCUCCGCCGCGAAGAAGAGAAGCUCCGCGAGAUCGAACUGAAGGUGCAGCGGGAAAUCAACGAGAAGCGGCAAGAACUUUUGGCCCGCGAGAGUCAGCUGAGAGAAAUCGAGGCUCGCAUGCGCGAGCAGAAUCGACAACUCGAGCACGGGGAUGGAACAAAUGGGGAAGUGGGCGCUUAAAUUUCAUUACCAUACCCGUGUGUAGGGCCCCCAUAGGCCGUCUUUAUUCAAAGGCCAUUGCAAUUUGAUACCAUUAAAUUCUUUGUUUAGCAGGGAGGUAGGUGUGAAUGCACUCAGUUCUGGCUAUAUAACAACUGAGUCCUAGCAGAUGCCAAUAGGAGAGAGAGAGGCAGUGAGAAGGGCAAAGUACCCAUGGAUUUGACUUUUGAAAGCUUGUGUUUUUAUUUGAUACUAAGACCUGAUACUCACUAUGCUCUUAAUACUGAUUCUCUUCCUUUGAUCAUUCCGAUUUCUUUACAUACACACAAUCGUGUAGCUUUAUUAGCCAUGACUCCAGGGGCCCUCCCGCCUGCCUGGACACCUCUUCUCUUCUUUCUACAGCCUUAUUUCUUCCUCCC